UUUGAUGAUGCUAUAAAACAAACAUCAUAAAUAGUGAAGAAUCACUGGUGAUGAGUCCCAACUUAUCUCAGCUGCUUCUCUCUCACUCUUUCUGUUUUAAUGAGAAGGUUUGUUCCCAAUGGGCAAUUAAAGCAACAGGCCAUUCAAUGCUCCUAAAGAGCCUGACACAAACUUUCCCAAGAGAAAGAACCUGUGUAAUUUGCCAACACCCAAUAUGUGGAGUAUAAAAACAUCCCAGUGGGGUAUAACAGGCUUACUUUUGGGUGACUUGGGCUUUUGAGCUAUCCUGUAAAUUUGCUAAAAUAACAAACUCCAGCUAGUUCCACUCAUACUUAUUGCUAUGGCUUCCAAGUACUAUGCUCGUACCAUCUCUUCUGGUUCCGUCAAAGGUGGUGGUCUCACUAGGAUUUCUUCUGCUCAUUCUGGUGGCUCAUGCCGAGUACCUGCUUUUGGCAGCAGGAGUGUUUCUUCCUCUUCCAUUAAGCUGGGAUGUGGGAACUACAUGCCCAGUAUUUGCCCUCCAAACGCUUCCUUUGCCCCUUUUCUUUCUGGAAGUACUGGCUGGCAUGAUGAGGGAAUCCUCAAUUGCAAUGAAAAAGAGCUGAUGCAGUGCCUCAAUGACCGACUAGCAAACUACCUGGAGAGAGUAAGGUGCUUGGAGCAGGACAACGCCAACCUGGAAUGCAAGAUCAGGGAAUGGCAUGAGUGCCAAGCGCCCUAUGAAAGCACUGACUUCCAUUCACAUUACAAGAUUAUUGAGGAACUCCAACAUCAGAUCCUGUGUGCCAAGACAGAAAAUGCCAGACUGGUUUUGGAAAUUGACAAUGCUCGGCUGGCUGCUGACGACUUUAGGACCAAGUAUGAGACCGAACUGGCUCUUCGCCAGUGUGUUGAGUCAGACAUCCAUGGACUGCGCAAAAUUCUGGAUGAAAUGACCUUGUGUCGGGCUGAUCUGGAAGCUCAGCUUGAAUCACACAAGGAGGAGCUCCUUUGCCUCAAGAAGAACCACGAGGAGGAAGCGAAUGCCUUGCGAUCAAAACUUGGGGCCAGGGUUAAUGUGGAGGUUGAUGCUGCUCCAUCCUGUGACCUGAACAAGAUGCUGGGUGAGAUAAGGAAUCAGUAUGAAUGUCUUGCUGAAAAAAACCGCAGAGAUGUUGAGACCUGGUUCUCUUCUAAGAUGGAAGAGUUGAACCAACAGGUACUCUCCAGUGAUGAAGAGCUGCAGAAUUGCCAGUCAGAAAUAAUUGAGUUGAGACACACCAUGCAAGCACUUGAGAUUGAUCUGGAUGCCCAGCAAAACAUGAAAAAUGCUCUCGAAUGCACCCUGCAUGAAACUGAAGCCCGCUACAGCACACAACUAGCGCAGCUCCAAUGUGUGAUCAGCACCAUAGAAGUCCAGUUGGGUGACCUCCGGAAUGAUAUGGAACGGCAAAACCACGAAUACAAGAUUCUCCUGGAUGUCAAGACUCGCCUGGAAGCAGAGAUUUCAACAUACAGGCGUCUACUGGAGGGAGAAGACCACAAGUUUCCCAGAGUUCCAAGUGUGCCAGAGUGUCCUCCACCAGUCUGUGCUCCAACUCCCCAUAUCACGAAGAAAAUCCGCACGAUUACUGAGGAGAUCAAGGAUGGCAAGGUUAUAUCCUCUAGGGAACAAGUCCAGCAUGUAGCACUCUAGAACAGGAAAUAUGCAGAUGAAACUGACCCAACACAGCAGAAAGAAGAACUCAGCAUUCAGUUACACAGUGGCAAAUAUCAAGGGAGCUUGGUUGCUAAUAUCCACUUUGCUUUGAAUUGAUUUCAAUCUUCCAUAUUUUGGUACAUAUAUAUUAACCUUUUCAAAUAAAAGAGUGGCUUCCUUUCAGUAAUAUUCUUAGCCUCUGGGAUAAAAUAUUAGCAUUCUUAAUAAACGCUUGGUUUGAUU